AUGUUUUGCACCGAUGGCUCUUACCCACUUCAAUCCCUAUCCUUUCCUCUCUCGCCCGAGCCUUUUACUGCUUCCAAACCAAAAGAAGCUCUCCAAUCUUCUGGCUCAACCUCCCUUUCGUCUCGUUUUCUGCGUCUGCAUUACUGCUCUGGAAAAAGGCUAUCAAUGUCCAACAUCACUGACUCUCAACCUAAUCCAGCCAGCGAUGGUACCGAAAGUGUGACCUCUUCUAAUAAGCGAGCACAGACUAAUCCUAAUAUACAGUAUUGCCUUGGUCAGCCCACUCUUGAAGUUGUCACUCUCUUCUCAUCCCACGAACAAGAUUUGGGUUGGAAAUCCAAUAUCAACGUUAGGCAUCGAUCUAAAUUACAGACAGGGGUAGGAAAAGAAAAAGCAGGAACUGGAGAACACUUGCUCGAGGCUCCGAGCAUGGAAUAUGAUGCCCUAAAUCCUAACCAACAACAACAGCAAACGGGAAGUUGGCAAUCUUCAAAGGAUCCAGACAAAUCAAAGUAUCGAUGCUUGCGUGAAUCCACUUCUCAACACUGCUGUCGGCGUUCAAAUUCUCUUAGUCGUCUUAUAAGCCUGGCUGGCAUUCUUCCAUCGGAAGCGCCGGUGAGUACACGAUUGUGUAUAUUAACAUGCAUGGAGUUUUCAUUAUUCUGGUAUUUACUUAAGGACACCAUUAUAAAACACCAUAUUUUAAUAAGAACUUUAUCCAUUCUAGUUUCUUUAAACUGA